UCAGUGGGUCACCAACGAACUUAAUGGCCAUCCUAGAGCGUUGGAUUUCAACAACAACAGCGGCAGUGGUCAUCAAAAUGGUCAUGUUGAAGAGGAGGGCAGAGGAUUGGAGGAUAUCGAUGAUGAUGAUAAUGGCCUUACCAGGGAAAGCAUAACAAAAAGUGAACAAGCAUUGAGACGUGAAAGUGAUGAUCUGGAAAAUGAAGACGAUGNAAGCUUGGAGGAUAUCGAUGAUGAUGAUAAUGGCUUUACCAGGGAAAGCAUAACAAAAAAUGAACAAGCAUUGAGACGUGAAAGUGAUGAUCUGGAAAAUGAAGACGAUGAUGAGGAAGAAGAGGAGGUGGAAGAUGAAAUGAUGGACGCCGAAGAGGGCAGAGACUCGGAGACCGAUGGUGGUAACAGUAAAGUGCCGCCUGAGGUGUCGAAUGGUAACAACUCCGAUGACAGCAACUACUACCAAAGUUCCUACUACAGCGGCAGCAAUCCCUCCUCUGCUCGGGCCAGUCUCUCCCGCUAUGGUCUGGACGACAACAACAACACCAACAACAGCAGCUCAACCUACUCCAAGUCACGGAAUGCAAACACCCGAAAGUACUCGUCGCGAGGGGACGAUGAGGGCGAUUUUGCUAGCAGUGCUGCUUCAGCUUCUGCUUCUGCCGUGCCCAGCUCACCCUCCUACUACAGCAGCUCUGCCUACAGCCGGCGACCUAGCCUGAGUCGGACGUCGACGCUGGACGACGAUGAUGAGGAAAGCUCAGCUGCGGGAGUUCGCUCCUACUACAACGCUCGAAAGCAGGCGCAGCAGCAGCAGGCGGCCGCCCUGGCUGCCCUCAAUGCUCAAUCUGCCGCCGACAGCAGCAGCUCACGGUACGGCGGCUCAUCCUCAUACUUUCGCAACCGACUGGCCAAGAGUAGAAGUUCUCAUGCUAUUGCAGCCUACGGCGACGACAGCGACGAUGACAGUCCGGCGAAUGCCAGCAACCCACUGUCGCCUACCUCCACUUCCAGUGGCUACCGAAGUCGCUUUGGAUUUGGCUCUUCGUCUAUUGCUGCUGCAGCAAAUGCUGCCACCGCUGCUGCAGAUCCGAACGAUCCGUUUGCCAGUUCAGCCUCCGCCGGUCGGAGGACGUCUCGCUCUGGCUACACCUACCGAACGCGCCUUCCCAGUCGAGAGCCCAGUCCUGAGGAGGAGGCCGCUGGCUCAGUGACGCAGUACCUGAUCAACAAGUACGGCACUCGCUCCAGUGCAGCCACCGCCACCAAUCGUCCAUCGAUGCUGAGCAAGUCCAAGAGCUCGCACGUCAUCUACGGGCGCAGUCUGUCCAGCUCUGAUGAGGACAAUGGCGUCACAAGCACAGCUGUGGCCAGCUCGCCUUACAGUCGCCGUACCAGUCGCUCAGCAGAGGGGCAGUUCAAGUUUCCACGCGGCGUUGCCGUCGACGAGAAUGGCUUCAUUAUUGUGGGCGACUCGGGCAACAAUCGCAUUCAAGUAUUCAAUCCGGAUGGAACUUUUCUCAAAGCAUUCGGUCAAUGGGGCAGUGGCGAAGGAGAGUUUAAAGGCCUGGAGGGCGUGGCGAUUGACUCCCAUUCUCGAAUUUUAGUUUGCGAUCGUGAGAACCACCGAAUUCAAGUAUUCUAA